GCUGACUAUGUAUAUAUAUAUUUUUUUUUUCCAUAGUCGCAUCCAUUUGGAUAAAUUCAUAUCAGUUACCAACAAAGAAUCAUCAUCAUCAGUUUUGUAUGAAUAACAGCUGGGCAGGGACAACAUAUUAGUAAUCAUGAGCUUGCAGUCUCCCUAUUUUUGGGGCAAUGACCAUCAUAUCUGUGUUCUCGGACGAACUUUUCACUAUGUUGAUGAGAUUCUUCCAUUCAGGCUAGGUGAGAUUGACUUACCAGUUGAUGAUAUUGCUGCUGUCUGUCUUUUGGUGUUGUAUUUUGGGGUCUUAACAUUGCUUGAUGCCAGCUCAAGCGAUGGACUAAAGGCAGAAGAUGAGCAGAAGGAGGCAGAGAUAGCGGUCACAAAAUUCUCAGGAAAUAGUGCUGGGAUCUUAGCUCCUGCCAGUACUGUCAUCAGUACCUUUGUAUUAGUGUUUGUAGCUGAGUGGGGCGACAAGUCAUUUUUCUCUACAAUUGCCCUUGCUGCUGCUUCUUCACCCCUUGGAGUUAUUGGAGGUGCCCUAGCUGGUCAUGGUGUAGCAACGUUGCUUGCAGUUCUAGGAGGUUCUUUACUAGGGACAUUUUUAUCAGAGAAGAUUAUCGCCUACGUUGGAGGUGUUCUUUUUCUCGUCUUCGCUGCUGUAACAUUAAUCGAGAUAGUAAACUAGGAACUGUAAUUUUUCUAACUCUCAUCUCAACUGUUAUUCAUGAGUUAAGUUGUUUUCUUUGUGGACUAAUGAUAAAUGUCUCAGCAACGAUUUCUGGGUUGUGCAUAUCAAACAAGUGUAAACGGAGUAGAAAGUUCAAUCAGACCAUAUAAAGUCGAAAAGCUCGGAAUCUAACGGUUGUGUGGCUUUGACUUCUUAUCCUUCGUGAAUGAGACAAAUGAGAGGAGAUGGGAAUAUAGUUGGUUGAGGGUUUCAGGAUUCUGCAUGCUCAUGCCUGAAGUCUCGCUCUCAGUUUUUCGAGGUCAGUCUUAUUUCAAGGCAUAGGAAAUGAGAUGUGGUAUCAUUUCUAGUUGGUUGAGGAAUUUAGGAUUCUGCAUGCUCAUGCCUGAAGUCCUGUGAGGUCACAAAGGAAAAACUGUCGUCUCAUUUUAAGACGUAUGAAAUAAACUCAGAUAAACGUUCUUCAAAGAUUUGACAUAAGGUGAAAGUUCAUUUGUUUUUGAACCCUUUG